UUUUUUUUCAUAAAUUCAAAAACAAAUAAAUAUUCAUAUUUUAAUUAUAACAACUAAUUUUUCUUAUUUAAAAAAAUGAUUUUUACAUCCCGUGUAGUCUAUACAAGUCUUGGUGCAUUCAAUAAUAAAGCAGCAACUCAAAUUGUUAAUAAUGCCAAGAAAUUCCAAAGUAAUAUUUCCUUUAAUAUUGAAGGAGUAGCCAAAGAAAUUGAUGCCAAAAAUUUAAACAGUAUCCAAAGAUUAAAUCUCAAAAAAGGAAGUACUAUCGAAAUUGUUGCCAAAGGAAAGGAUGAAAAUAAAGCUGUAGAAUCCUUAGUCAAGUUUUUCGAAAAAAUGAAAUAAAUCAAUAAAAAAAUAAUGAAAUUAAUUUUAUAAAACAAUAAUAAAAAAUAAUAAUAAUAAUAUAUUAGUUAUAAUAAAAAAAUAAAUAAAAAAAUAAAACUAAUAUUAAUUUUUCU